UAUACCAUUGAUAAAAAUUCUCACUAGCUGCUCAGCGCCAUCACUUCCGUAUCUAACUAUUCUCUCUCUCUCUCUCUCUCUCUCUACACCAUGCAUAAAAAUUCUAACUGCCAUCAUUUCUGUACUUAACAACUCCCCCCAUCUUUUGUACCUAUGGAAGUAGAAAACUCUGAACCCGACUCUGAUCUCACUGUGUCUGUUCUUCCCCAGAACUACCAGGAAGCUGAUGAUGAUCAAGACCUACACCCUCAAGAAUGCCAAGAUUUCAUAGACACCUUGCCUACUGUACUGGAUUACCAUGGGAUCCAGCUUUGCCAAUACCAAGGCUUUUGGUAUCCCAAGAGGAUUAUGCAUGGAGUCCUCCAAUGUCAGAACCACUUUCAAGCCCUUCACUCUGAUUUCCUCCUUAUUUCCUUUCCCAAAUCUGGCAUUACAUGGCUUAAAGCCCUUGUUUUCUCCAUAAUCAAUCGAAAGACCCAUUAUCCAGAUCCGACCCGAACUAGUCAUCAUCCUCUUCACCCUCUCCUCACUUCAAACCCUCAUGCUCUUGUACCUUUCUUGGAGAUCAAACUAUACCUUCAACAAACAAAGCCAGAUCUAAGCUCGUUUCCAGCACCGAGGAUAUUCGCAAGCCAUUUCCCAUACAUUUCAUUGUCGGAAUCUGCAAAGCAAGUAGGGUGUAAGAUAGUGUACUUGUGUAGAAAUCCUAAAGACAUCUUUGCCUCACUCUGGCAUUUCAGGAAGAAUAUUAAACCAGAAACCAAAGGGUCUAAUUCGAUUGAGAAUUUCUUUGAGGAGUUUUGUGGAGGAGUGAGUAGUUAUGGGCCAUUUUGGGAUCACAUGUUGGGAUACUAUAAAGAGAGUUUAGAGAGGCCAGGGAAGAUAAAGUUUUUGAGAUUUGAGGAGCUGAAGAACGAACCAGUUAAGAUUUUGAAGGAGCUUGCUGAGUUUUUAGGACAUGGUUUUUCGAAGGAGGAGGAAGAAGAAAAUGGUGAUGAUGAUGUGGUGAAUGAUAUAUUGAAGCUUUGUAGUUUUGAGAAUUUGAGCAAUCUAGAAGUGAAUAAAAAUGGAAAGUCAAUUGCAAUGUUUGGAGUAGAGAAUAGGGAUUAUUUUAUACGUGGGGUAGUGGGAGAUUGGAAAAAUCAUCUCACGUUUGACAUGGCAGAACGGCUUGAUGUUAUAUCUCAAGAGAAGCUAGCAAAACAUGGCUUGAAGAUCUAGUCCCACACACGCAGGUGGCCAUGGUCGGCAAGCAUGUGACAACUAUUAACAAAAGAAGGUGGUGAAUUUGAAGGGGAGAGAGAUAACGCAAGAAGCGUUUCGUUUCAAUAUUUGGCAAAAGUUCGUUUAUUAAAGUUUAUUUAUCAAAAAAUGAGUUUGAUAAAAGUUAAUUAUUAUAAGUUUAUAACGAUAUUUAUAUUUAAAUAUAUAUUUUCUAAUGUCAGAUAGCAUAUGAUGAAAAGUAUAUUUAGAAGUAUAACUACUAAAAAGAACAUAGUUUUAUGCAUAUAUGAUUUUUUUUAUUUAAAACUUGAUUUUUGAAUAUAUAUAUAUAUAUAUAAUAUAAAGAUUUGAUAUAGUGAAUUUAUAUAAUAAAAAUGCAUAAAUAACAUAAAUUUUGAAAUAUUAAAAUAUAUAAAAUAAAAUGUAUAUAUACUGAUCAUUACUUUUCUGUGGGGGCAGAACUCAUGCAUGGUAGUCCCAAAGAUUCUUGUUUGAGUAAAGCUGUAUAUUCUUCUCUAGCCAAAGCAAGAUCUUCUGGAUUCAUCCCAAGAUAUGAUGCUUUUAUUGGAUUAACAUAUUCAUUCUUCUUGAAAGGGAGUUUAAUGAAAAACUCUUUGUUCUUUCAUAAAUGAGAUGGAUGUUGAAAUUGAUUAUGACUUUCACAGCA